AUGCACUCGGAUUCCAUAUGUACGCUCGCAAUUAUUCCCCCUUCGAAUUCUCUGAUUGAGACACCGAACCGUCAUCUUCCCACUCAUCAGUCAACUUCCUUCUUCCGACAUCCAGGGGCCGAAAUGAUAGAUUUAGAUGAUGCUAUCGACAAGCUAAGAAAAUGUCAACAUCUACCUGAGCAUGAUAUCAAAUGUUUGUGCGACAUUGUGCGAUCUAUUCUGAUGGAAGAGUCCAACGUCCAGCCGGUCGCCUCUCCCGUGACGGUCUGCGGUGAUAUCCACGGCCAGUUAUGGGACAUGAUUGAGAUGUUUCGGGUCGGAGGACAGCCGGGCGAAACUAAUUAUGUUUUGAUGGGGGAUUUUGUCGAUCGCGGCCAUUUCUCUUUGGAGACUUUUUCGUUGUUAUUGACAUAUAAAGCAAGGUAUCCGGACAGAAUCACCUUGCUUCGUGGCAACCACGAAUCCCGCUCAAUAACACAGGUGUAUGGCUUCUAUGAUGAAUGCCACCGGAAGUAUGGUAACGCUAACGUUUGGAAGGCCUGCUGUAAUGUAUUUGACUGCCUGAAUUUGGCCGCGAUAAUCGACUCCACGAUAUUAUGUGUGCACGGCGGCCUUUCCCCCGAGAUUCGUACACUCGAUCAGAUCAGAGUACUAAGCCGGGCGCAAGAAAUACCGCACGCGGGUGCUUUUUGUGACCUGAUGUGGUCUGACCCAGAUGACAUCGUGGGUGGUAACUGGUCGGUUUCCCCCCGAGGCGCAGGUUGGCUGUUUGGUGCGAAGAUUGCUCAGGAAUUCAACCAUGCCAACGCUAUUGGCUUAAUCGCUCGAGCCCAUCAACUGGUGCAGGAAGGGUACAAGUACAUGUUUGCACCCGAGGACAACCUAGUCACGGUCUGGUCCGCACCGAAUUAUUGCUAUCGUUGUGGUAACGUGGCUAGUGUUAUGUGCGUGGAUGCAGGCGGAGCUGUCAACAAGCAAACAAGUUUUAAACUUUUCACGGCGGUGCCCAACCAGACUCGUGUACCCACGGACAAAGCAGGAACAUCACAAUAUUUUCUGUAG